AUGCUCAUCAGGGCUGGUAUUGGAAAUAUUGCACUUGUUGGGAGACCUUUCAAAUCGGCAACCUUGCACGGUCCUCUUGGCAGGAAGGUUAUUCUCGGAUUGCCGUCGAGUGCGGCUUGCAGCAUAUUUGUGCGAGCGAAGAGUGACAAAAAGCGCCCCACUAUUCCUACACUAUCCGAAAUUCGUGAAAGUCUAUACACCAUCCCCAAUGCGUUGACUUUCACCAGACUCGUUGCUGCGCCAGUUGUCGGUUAUUUGGUGGUUUCUGGACAGACUGCCUGGGCUCUGGGGCUUUUUGCAUAUUCGUGUGUGACAGAUUUCGUUGAUGGCUUUAUUGCCAGGCGUUACAACCUACGAUCGAAGCUCGGUUCGAUUAUUGAUCCAAUGGCAGACAAGGCACUCAUGGUGAUAUGCACAGCCUGUCUGUCCCACAUUGGCACGGUGCCGUUGUAUUUGGCAGCACUCAUACUCGGCAGAGACAUAAUGCUGCUACUGGCCGGCAUUGUGAUUCGAUACAUUUCGUUGCCUGCUCCAAGAACAUUCCGACGGUAUUGGGACUUCUCGCUCAUCACAGUCGAGGUGCGUCCUACAACAAUUAGCAAGAUCAACACUGCGCUCCAGAUGGCAUAUUUGGGGGGCCUGAUGCUCAGUCCGCUUAUAGAUCUGGGUGCGAACCGUUUGGAGUACCUCGUGGCUGCCACCACUGCGCUGAGCGGGUUGUCCUACAUAUUCAGCAGAAACGCAGUGCGCAGAAUUGCCAGGAAAUAGAGUAUAUACUCAACACUGAAUUCCCUAUAUAUUCACCUACUGAAGCAAAUGUCAUCGAUACGCAGAAUCGAUUUCACGGUCUCUGCAGCAAGAGUGAUGGCACUGGUAUUGACAAGCACAGGCUGAACCACGUGCUCGUCAAACGUAUUGGUGGCUCCCGACCGUCUCACGCUGAUUCCGGCGUUUUUCUCGCCCAGCUCGUGUCUGUUUCUAAGGUCGGUGACAAUCUCGAUUGGGUUCAUUCCCGCGUUCUCUGCUAGUGUAGUUGGGAUCACUUCCAACGCCAGCGCAAACUCCUGGAAACACAACUGCUCAACACCAGAGAACUGGUUAGACUCCUUGAGUAACGUACGCGACACCUCGAUCUCUGGAGCACCGCCCCCUGCAAUCAAGGCCCUCUCCUUCACCAAACAGCGAACCACGCACAAGGCAUCGUGCAAGGACCGUUCUGUCUCGUCAAGAAUUUGGUUGUUGGCGCCGCGGCACACCACAGAAACAGUUGGCUGCGUGACAUUCUUCACGCCAGUAAUUUUAAUGAUCUUGGAGCCAGAAGACUCCACUUCUUCCACUAGGUCUGCGGUUCCCAAGCGAGAUUCCACAAAUGAGUCCACGUCUGCAAUGGGCUUGCAUCCAAGACUCUUGCUGAUGAACUCAAUUUCGUCUCUCUCGAUGUCUUUCACAACCAAAAUGUUGAGCUUUGCCAGGAAGUGCAAGGCAAGGUCGUUAACAGCGUCUCGAAGAAUAGACUUCUGGAUCAACAGCACAUUGCACUUGGCUUUUUUGAUUUUCUUGCAAAUAUUGAGUAGAUACGCCCUUUCUUCUUUCAGUAUUUUAUCCAUUUGUCUGUAAUCAUUAACCACAAUAUUGUUUUCCAUGUCGGGCUUUGGAGGAGAAAGCUGGAAUUGGAUCAGUCCGAUCUUGGCCUUCUCCAUUCUCGUUGGUCCUCCAGCGCUCUUAAUAACGUUCUGUGUCAGAACAACACCUUCCACUGUUUCUGUGUCAUCAAUAGUGCCUCCGAUCUUCUUGAUCAAUCGGAUAUCAUUCAAGUCCACAUUCUUGGCCUCUGGACCAACAACCUUCAGCACUGCAUCGACGGCCAAGGGACCCAACAAGGAAGAGUGCUGAGAAACAAUUUUCGAAGACAAUGACGUGUUGGCUGCCCGAAUCAACGCGUCUCUGUCAUCCAACGAGAUUUUAUGCGACAUGUCAAGCAGAAUCUCCACACUCCGUCCAGCUGCUUUGGUGAAUGCCUCGGAAAUGAUCGUCGGGUGGAUUCCUUUGUUCAGGAGCUUCUCUGCCGCCCCAAGCAAGGCGCCCGUGAUCACAACCACCGAGGUGGUACCAUCUCCCGCCUCGACGUCCUGUGCACCUGACAAGUCAACCAGCAUUUUAGCUGCCGGAUGCAGAACAGCCAUAUGUUUGAGAAUCGUGUGGCCAUCGUUGGAGAUGAUCACCUCGCCCCGUCCCGUCUUGAUCAUCUUGUCCAUGCCCUUUGGGCCCAAAGAUGUUCUAAUGGCAUCUGCGACUGCUCUUGCAGCCAAAAUGUUCGCUUUGCGCACCUCCUGUGGCUUUUCUCUGUUCUUGAAUGUCGCGUUUGACGGAAG